UUUUUCCCCCUGGGCUUACGAGAACUGAGCCGAAGUGGGAAACGUUAUUUGCUUUUACGAAACAAUUUACUUUUGUGCAACCUGAAGAUGUGUCAAUCAAGCAAAUAAAGGAAGAAAGCCUUAUUUAUAAAAUUGCCUGCUUCUGAUUUCACUUUGUUGCUUCUCAGGCUCCACGAGGGAAAAAAAAAAAAAAAUGAAGAUUUUGCUGCUGGGUCUUUUUCUACUUUUAUAUAGUAACUCAGCCUGGGCGAAAGAGAAACAUUACUACAUUGGGAUUAUCGAAACAACUUGGAACUAUGCGCCUGACAAUGGGGAAAAGAGACUAAUUUCAGUUGACAGGGAACAUUCAGAUAUCUAUCUUCAAAAUGGCCCAGAUAGAAUUGGAAGGUUGUAUAAGAAGGCCCUUUAUGUUCAGUACACAGACAGAACUUUUAGCACAAUUAUAGAAAAACCUGUCUGGCUGGGGUUUUUAGGCCCUGUUAUCAAAGCUGAAACUGGAGAUCAAGUUUAUGUUCACCUAAAAAACUUUGCCUCUAGGCCCUACACUUUCCAUCCACAUGGAGUAACUUACCAUAAGGAACAUGAGGGGGCCAUCUAUCCUGAUAACACCACAGAUUUUCACAAAGCAGAUGACAAAGUGCAUCCUGGUGAGCAGUACACAUAUGUAAUGAACGCCACCCAAGAGCAAAGUCCUGGUGAGGAAGAUAGCAAUUGUGUGACCAGGAUUUACCAUUCCCACAUUGAUGCUCCAAAAGAUAUCGCCUCAGGACUCAUCGGACCUUUAAUAUUCUGUAAAAAAGAUUCUCUGGAUCAAGAAAAAGAAAAAAAUAUUGACCAAGAAUUUGUGCUGAUGUUUUCUGUGGUGGAUGAAAAUCUCAGCUGGUACCUAUAUGACAACAUUAAAACCUACUGCUCUGAACCAGAGAAAGUUGAGGAAGAUAACGAAGAUUUCCAAGAGAGUAACAGGAUGUAUUCUGUGAAUGGAUAUACUUUUGGAAGUCUCCCAGGACUCUCCAUGUGUGCAGAAGACAAAGUAAAAUGGUAUCUUUUUGGCAUGGGUAAUGAAAUUGAUGUGCACUCAGCUUUCUUCCACGGCCAAGUGUUGACUAAUAAGGACUACCGUAUUGAUACAGUCAAUCUCUUUCCUGCUACCCUCUUUGAAGCUUUUAUGGUGGCCCAGAGUCCUGGAGAAUGGAUGCUUAGCUGUCAGAAUCUAAACCACCUGAAAGCUGGUCUGCAGGCCUUUUUCCAGGUACAAGACUGUAACAAGCCUUCACCAGAGGACAGUAUCCUUGGGAAAAAUGUCAGGCAUUACUACAUCGCUGCUGAGGAAAUCAUCUGGAACUACGCACCCUCUGGAAUAGACACCUUCACCCAAGAAAAUUUAACAGCACCUGGAAGUGCUUCAGAGGUAUUUUUUGAACAAGGUCCUACAAGAAUUGGAGGAUCUUAUAAAAAACUGGUUUAUCGUGAGUACACAGAUGCCUCCUUCACAAAUCAAAAGAAGAGGGGCCCUGAAGAGGAACAUCUUGGCAUCCUGGGUCCUGUCAUUUGGGCAGAGGUGGGAGACACCAUCAGAGUCACUUUCCAUAACAAAGGAACAUAUCCCCUCAGUAUUGAGGCCAUUGGGGUGAGAGUCAGUAAGGACAACGAGGGCUCCUACUAUGCCUCACAUCACAACCCUUCAAGUGGAAGUGUGCCUCCUUCAGCCUCCCAUGUGGCACCUCAACAAACAUUUACCUAUGAAUGGACUGUGCCCAAAGAAGUGGGACCCACUUACAAAGACCCUGUCUGUCUAUCUAAGAUGUAUUACUCUGCUGUGGAUCCCACUAAAGAUAUAUUCACUGGGCUUAUUGGGCCAAUGAAAAUAUGCAGGAAAGGAAGUUUACAUGAAAAUGGGAGACAGAAAGGUGUAGACAAGGAGUUCUAUUUAUUUCCCACAGUGUUUGAUGAGAAUGAAAGUUUACUCCUAGAUGAUAAUAUUAGAAUGUUUACAACUUCACCUCACCUGGUAGAUAAGGAAGAUGAAGACUUUCAGGAAUCUAAUAAGAUGCACUCUAUGAAUGGAUUCAUGUAUGGGAAUCAGCCUGGUCUCAGUAUGUGCAAAGAAAAGUCAGUCGUGUGGUACUUAUUCAGCGCUGGAAAUGAGGCUGAUGUACACGGGAUUUACUUUACAGGAAACACAUAUCUGUCAAAAGGAGAAAGAAGAGACACAGGAAACCUCUUCCCUCAAACAAGUCUUACACUCUUCAUGAAGCCUGAUGCUCAAGGGACAUUUGACGUUGAGUGCUUAACAACCGAUCACUAUACAGGAGGCAUGAAGCAAAAAUACACUGUGAACACAUGCAGGCAACAGGCUGAGCAACCAUGGUCCUCCCAGGGACGGCGGACCUACUACAUCGCGGCAGUGGAGGUGGAGUGGGAUUAUUCCCCAAGCAGGGAGUGGGAAAAGGAGCUGCAUCACUUACAAGAACAAAAUGUUUCAAAUGCAUUUUUAGAUAAGGAAGAAUUUUACAUAGGCUCGAAGUACAAGAAAGUUGUGUAUCGGCAAUACACCGACAGCACGUUCAGAGUUCCAGUGGAAAGAAAGGCUAACGAAGAACACCUGGGAAUUCUAGGUCCACAACUUCAUGCAAAUGUUGGAGAAGAAGUUGUAAUUAUCUUUAAAAACAUGGCCACAAGGCCUUACUCAAUACAUGCCCAUGGGGUGAAAACAGAGAAUUCUAUAGUUACUCCAACUUUACCAGGUGAAACUCACACGUACAUAUGGAAAAUCCCAGAAAGAUCUGGAGCUGGAACAGAGGAUUCUGCUUGUAUUCCAUGGGCUUACUAUUCAACGGUGGAUCAAGUUAAGGAUCUUUAUAGUGGAUUAAUUGGCCCACUGAUUGUUUGUCGGACACAUUACAUGAAAAUAUUCAAUCCUAUAACGAAACUGGAAUUUUCUCUUCUGUUUUUUGUUUUUGAUGAAAAUGAAUCCUGGUAUAUAGAUGACAACAUCAAAACAUACUCUGAGCACCCUGAGAAAGUAAACAAAGAUGAUGAGGAAUUCAUAGAAAGCAAUAAGAUGCACGCUAUUAAUGGAAGAAUGUUCGGGAACCUACAAGGCCUCACAAUGCAUGUGGGAGAUGAAGUCAAUUGGUAUCUGAUGGGAAUGGGCAAUGAAAUAGACUUGCAUUCUGUACAUUUUCACGGCCACAGCUUUGAAUACAAGCACAGGGGCAUCUAUAGGUCUGAUGUCUUCGACAUUUUCCCUGGGACCUUCCAAACUCUAGAAAUGUUUCCACAAACACCUGGAAUCUGGUUACUCCACUGCCAUGUGACUGACCACAUUCAUGCUGGAAUGGAAACUACUUACACGGUUCUACCAAAUGAAGAAAAGAGAGCACAUGAAGUUAGAGUAAAACGUUCCAAUAUUAUGCGCUGGGAGACAGGCAAUUUCCUCCACAAGGAAAAAAAAAAAAACACUAGAAAAGAAUUGUGGCUAUCCCAUUACACUUAAUAUAGUGCUUCAUUUCCCCUACCACAAGAAGCAUAACCAAGAUCUCCUCUGACAAAUAUAAAAGGUACUUUUUUUUUAGACUGUGACAUUUCUAUGACAAUAAGAUAACCUUCUGGAGGAGUCUGUGGGGGAAAAAAAGCUUGCUUAGCUUUUAGUUACUUACAGGCAGGGAUUAUAUAUUCUGUAUUUCUACUAAGUACCCAAAUCCAAUAUUCUGCUUGGUAAAAAUAUCUGAAUCUGUUCAAUGAAAAGGAACUUUUUAAAACUUUUUUUGGCCAUAAUGUCAGAUUUAGAGAAAAGCUGCAAGAGCAAUACAAAAAAUUCCCAUGUACCCUUCACCGAAAUUCCCCAAAUGUUAACAUUUUACACAGCCACCUGUGCUUUUGCUUCCCCAUUCUACCUGCCCCCCCACCCUAACACACACACAAUAGUAAACAUACAUACAUCUAUUUCCUUAAAAACAAGGUUAUUAUAUAUAAACACAAUACACUUCUCAAAAUGAGGAAGUUAAAAAUGAUUCAAUGCUACAGACCCUUUUCAAAUUUCACAAAUUAUUCUCAUCACGUUCUUCACAGAAAAAGAAACUCCCAGUCAUACAUUGUGUUCAGCUGGCAUGUCUUCUUAGUCUGAAGCAGUAUGUCUUUUACAACUUUGACAUUUUUAAAGGAUACAGGGCAGUGACUUUGCAGAACAUCCUUCAAUUUGGGUUUGUCUAAUGUUUCCUCAUGAUUAGAUUCAGGUUAUGCAUUUUUUGGGGGGCAGGAUUCUCACAGAAGUGAUACUGUUUUUCUCAGGACACAUGUCAAGACGCACCUGAUGUUGAUUUUUUUCUCUUAGUGAUUAUGUUAACGUUGAGCAUUUGAUUAAGGAGAUGUCUGCCAGGUUUCAUUAUUGUAAAGUUGUUAUUUUUCCCUUUAUGAUUAAUGAAGAUCUUGCAGGGAGGAGACAUUUUUCUUUAAAGCAGUACUAAAAUGAGACAUGUGUUUUUAAAAAUAUUAAAAAAUGGAAAAAUAGAAAUGAAUCAAGAAUUAAACAAAAUAACUAACAUCAAAAAAUUAGAAUACAUUUAAACCAUAUGAUAAAUACAAUAGUUCCCCGACCCUUAUCCAUCCUCCCAGGGGACAUCUGAAAUGACAGAUAGUACUAUACUCUGUAUAUAUUAUUUUUUUCCUAUACAUACAUACCUAUGAUAAAGUCUAAUUUAUAAAUUAGGCAGAGUAAGAGAUUAACAACAACAAUAAUAAAAUAGAAUGGUUCUAAUAUA